CGGUGGUUCUCUCAGUGUUGAAGGUGUAUUAUAUCGGCUUUAAGGUUCUCCUGUACCAGCUCUUCAACAAAUCGUUCACUCUGCCAGGUACUCAUUAAUGAGUGAAGGUUCAUAAGGGGAUCUGGGUGCCUCGGAAGCAAUGGAGAUUAAAUGCUCGGAGAGUUCCCCAUCAGACCUCAAACUGGUCGCUCACCCCAGAGCAAAAAGUAAGGUCUGGAAGUACUUUGGCUUUGACACCGAUGCUGAAGGAUGCAUCUUGCACUGGAAGAAAAUAUAUUGUAGAAUCUGCAUGGCGCAGAUUGCGUAUUCAGGGAACACCUCCAACCUCUCCUACCACUUGGAAAAGAACCACCCAGAUGAGUUUUGUGAAUUCGUGAAGAGCAACACGGAACAGAUGAGGGAGGCGUUUGCCACGGCCUUUUCCAAGAUUAAGCCUGAGUCGUCUCAUCAUUUUCCGCAGGACGCCUUACUCAUGAAGCCCAGCUAUGGGUACGAGAACAGAAAACAUCAGGACCUGACCUUGGCUGUUGUCAGCUUCAUCUGCGAGGGAAUGUACCCCGUCUCAGUGGUUGAUGAGCCUGCCUUUAAAACCCUUCUGAAAACGGCUGACUCCAGAUACGAACUUCCUAGCCGGAACUACGUAUCGACAAAGGCCAUCCCUCAAAAGUACUAUCUAGUGCGGGAAGCUCUGUUUAAAGAACUUGCAGAUGUGGUGUGGUGCGCCGUUUCCACCGAUCUGUGGAGAAGCGAGACGCAAAACAGGACGUACAUUUCUCUCUCCUCUCAUUUUCUAAACAGGUGUAGUGUUAAUAGCCUUGUGCUUUUAACUAGGUGCUUGAAAACCUUCGAAGUGCCAGAAGAUAACAGUGCUGAGAAUAUCACACGUGCCCUGUAUGAGGCCUUUGUUGAAUGGGGGAUCAACUCCAAAGUCUAUGGUGCCACUACCAACUGUUCCCCAGAUAUAACGAAAGCUUGUUCUCUUCUCGAUCUGCCGGUGCACAUGCCCUGCUUUGGCCACACUGUCAAUAAAGGCGUUGAAAAAGCCUUCGAGCUUCCUAAGCUAAGCACCUUUUUAAGGCGCUGUAGAAAGCUGGUGGAGUAUUUCCAGCAGUCCAAUGAAGCGAUGUACAUGCUGAGAGAAAAGCAGAAGCUGCAAGGCCUGCCACAGUGCAUGCUGAUAAGUGACAGAGUCACCUGCUGGGUAACCACCCUUGCCAUGCUUCAGCGUCUUAAAGAGCAGCAGUUUGUCAUUGCUUCAGUCCUGGUGGACGACAGCAACAAUCACCACUUGAUGCUUGAGACGACGGAGUGGAGCAUAGUCGAUGACCUGGUAGACUUGCUGCAGCCUUUUAGGCAGGCGGCCGACAUGAUGAUGGCCUGCAAGUACCCCACAAUCAGUAUGGUUAAGCCCCUCCUGCACAUGCUCUUAAAUACGACCUUGAAAGCCAAAGACAGCGACCUCAAAGAGGUCAGCAUGGCCAAGGAGGUCAUCGCUAAGGAGCUGUCCUCCACCUACCAGCAGACACCCGAGAUCGACAUGUUUCUGAACGUGGCGACUUUUAUUGACCCCCGCUACAAAAAGCUUCCCUUUCUUUCUCCCUUCGAGCGGUCCCAAGUAGAAAACCGAGUCAUCGAAGAAGCUAAAACCGUGUUGGAGAAGUGUAAGGAAGGCUGUGCAGCUGACGAGCCACUGCAGUUCUCCGAUGAGCCGCCUGUGAAAAGGCAGGCAACCUCUUCUCCUCCGCCAUCCAGCCAUGCUGGCAACUUGCUGGCUGUGAUUUUCUGCCCCUCGGGGACUGACGAAAACCAGGAGGAGCUGCACGCUCAAGUGAUGGAGGAGCUGAGCAAUUUCAAAUCGCAGAAGGUUUUGGGGCUGAACGAGGACCCUCUCCGCUGGUGGUCCGACCGCUUGGCCCUGUUCCCGAUCCUUCCGAAGGUGCUCCAGAAGUACUGGUGUGUCCCGGCCACGAGCGUCUUUCCUGAGAGGCUCUUCACUUCUUCGGGCCACGUGCUGAGUGGGAAGAGAAACCGCCUUGCGCCCGCGCACGUGGACCAGCAGGUCUUCCUGUACGAGAACAGCCGCAACGGCUACGAGGCCGAGCUGGCGGGGGAGGAUGAGGGGGAAUGGGGCAUCGAACAGGACCAAGCGAUAGUUGUUGGAGAUGCAUUCAGCAUGCAGGGCUCUUUUAUCAAUGCAAAAGACAUUGGGUUCUUCUGAUCUCUGAAACACUGCAUGCAUUAUCCAUGAAGCAGAUUCUGUGAAAUAUAAUUUUGAAAUUGUUUUAACUAACUUAUGAAUGAACUGUAUAUUUUUCUUCAUUGGUUUUAGGUUAAAGUAUUAUACACCUGUCCUUAAAAUGCAUUGUAAAUUUACAUCUUACACUUUAACUGUGUAAGGUGAAUCUAGUUUAAUAUGUUUGACUGAAAUCUGUAUUUUUUUCUAUGAAGACAGUGGUGCAGCCUUACAGUUUUAUAUGUAAAUGCUCCUUUGAGAGAGCCUUUUUAGUGUGAUCAAUGUUUAUAUGCUUUGUGCAUUAAGAAUCACAUUAGUAGUGCAAGGUUACUUUAUUGGGCAUGUGUUACUUCCUUUAUUUCUAACUGUUUUGUCAUACAUUUACAGGAAAUGUGAACUUAUUUACUUUCUAAAGCGAGACUGUUCCAUUUGUCUUAGCUGUGUUUUGCCAGUUACAUAAAAUAACCCGAGAGUGGUCCUAGAUUUACAGAAAGAAGAUUGUUAUGGAUUUAAUUACUGGCGUUAUUGUCUCUUUUGUAGAAUGUCCUUUUUAGUGUCUUUUGCAACAAAGGUCAUUUUCACUGUUUCUGUACAUCUUUGGUGUUGGUACUUGAAGAUCAUCUACUGGCAUAAGACCAGGGAGUCAAAAAUAAAAAUGGUGAAACGAAUGGAGAAA